AUGCCGCCGAAACAGCAGCCCAAGUCGCCAGCGAAACAGCGCACUAUCGCUUCGUUCUUCUCUCCUCCUCAGAAGCGGAAGGCCGAGGUCAUCGAGGUGUCCGACUCAGAUGACGAUGUCGUUGUCGUCGACGUAGUUGAGCCGCACAAGAAGCCGAGGUUAGGGAACGGACGGGCCGCGAUAGAGGAGGUACCUGCGAGGCAGAAUGGGAGCAGUAAUCAUCCGGUGGAGAAUGUGGACGAGGCGGAUGAGUCUGACGAGGCGAUGGCACGACGCCUCGCGGCGGAGUGGGAGGAGGAGGACCGGCCAAGCCAAGAGAUCAAGGUCGCGACCGACAAACCCGACAAACCGAUAGCCACACUUGAGGUCAAGACUGACCUUCUGAAGAGCCCCAAGCAACUACACCCCAUGUUCGCGCGAGCGCAGGAGGCUGGACCAUCGCGGCCUCGAGAAUCUAAGGCAAGGCCGGAGCCUGAAAUGAAGGUCAAGACAGAGCGUAAGCCGACAAUAACCGCCGCUCGCCCACAGCCUGUCGAUCCAAUCGACUUUGACACCGACUCCCUCCUCUUCCGCCCCGCCGAGGUCGACAUCUCGCGCUGGCCUGCCGGCAGACUGCCAUACUCCGUCCUCGUGGGCGUGUACGUGCAGGUGGCAGGUACGCGGUCACGUCUGACGAUCGUGCGGGUUCUUACCAAUUUCAUCCACCUCCUCCUGGCUAGGGCGCCGCUUGACCUUCCUCCAACCCUUUACCUUCUCUCAAACCAUCUCCGGCCAACGUACAUUCCCUGUGAGCUUGGGGUCGGGAGCAUGAUCCUCUCGCGUGCUAUAAAGGAUGUCUCGGGGCUCCAAUCGCGCGACCUCAAGCGUCUGUGGAACGUCUACGGCGACCCUGGCGACGUCGCGUACGAGGCCAAGGUCCACAUGCGCACACUCGUCGAGCCUGCCCCACUCGUCGUGCACGACCUGUACGAGCGCUUGCUCAGAAUGGCGGAUAUCCGUGGGCCACAGAGCGGGAAACUCAAGGGCGACGUCGUGCGUAAGCUCAUGGUGCAGGCGCGAGGGGACGAGGUACGAUAUCUCGUGCGCACGCUGAUUGGGAAUCUGCGGAUCGGUGCAGUGCGACUAACUCUCCUAACGGCCGUCGCUCGCGCAGCUGCGUUCUUCGCCAUUCCCGACGACGAGCUUGUCGUUAUCCCCAUUCCAGCGAAUGGGAAGAAGCCGGCAGAUCCAUCACGAGAGGCGGCCGAGGACAAGAGCGCGGCGGCUGUCCGCCUUGUGCGCCGCGUGUACGUUCGCCACCCGAACUAUGGAGAUCUCGUCCGCGGCAUCGAAGGAGGUGGGCUCGACGGACUUGAAGCUCGCGUGCCCCUCUCGGUCGGUAUCCCGAUCAGCCCGAUGCUGGGCAGCAUCACGCGGUCUAUCGAUGAGGUGUACGAGCGCCUGGGAAGCCUCCCUUUCACGGCCGAGGCGAAACUCGAUGGGCAGAGGCUGCAGAUGCACGUCCGGCGGGACGGGCCGCAGGGAGAAGAUGACGGCGGUGGGCGGUGGGUCGAGGGCGAGAAUGGGCGGGCUUGGGUCCGCUUGUUCAGUCGGCAUCUCGAAGACAUGACGGACAAGUACCCCGACGUCUGUGCCCGCGGCCUCGACCUCCUGUCCUCCAUCAAGAGAAAACGUUAUCCCUUCCCAUCGUGGGCCUCGACACCAACUCCCGAGGUCGCAGAGCUCCUCGAGACUGAAGAGGUGACCUCGCUCAUCGUCGACGCCGAGAUCGUUGCGAUUGACAAGGACACGGGUGCGCACCGCACCUUCCAGGAACUGACGAACCGCGCGCGCAAGGACGUGCGCGUCGAGGACAUCAAGGUCGUUGUCGAGGUGAACGCGUUCGACCUCAUGCUGCUGAACGACGUCCCGCUCCUUGCAUCACCUUUGAGUACCCGGCGACAUCUCAUGCGCGCUCUCUUGCCUCCGCGCCCAACAUCAGCCGAUCCAAUGCUCGCGCGUUGGACGCUGAUCGACGCGGUUGACUCUGUGGACUUGAAAAGCCCCGCCGACCUUCGCGCGUUCUUCGACAAGGUUGUGGAGCGCAAGGCUGAGGGCCUGAUGGUAAAGCUGCUGGAGAGCGGGGGUGCGCCGCUGGGAGCCGAGGUCGUCGAACCAGAGGACGCCGAGGAUGUAACGGAGGAGGAUGGCAAGGAGGAAAAGGCGGACGGCAAGGGGGCCAAAGGACGAAAGAAGCCUUUGCCCGCGACGUACGAACCGGACCAACGCUCGAUGGGCUGGCUCAAGGUCAAGAAGGACUACCUCGAGGGUCUCGGGGACAGCCUCGACCUGGUCCCCGUCGGAGCGUGGUGGGGCAUGGGUCGCAAAGCCGGCUGGUGGAGCCCUAUUCUUCUGGCCGCGCGGAAUCCCGAGACGGGUGUGCUCGAAGCGGUGUGCAAGUGUAUUUCCGGCUUCACCGACGCGUUCUACAAGGACCUCCUGGUACGCUACCCGCCCGACUCUGAUCCAGCCGUCUGCUCGACCCAGCCACUAGGCUACGUCGAGACCGGCGGACUCGUGCCAGACCGCUGGUUCCUCCCGCGUGAAGUGUGGGAGAUCCGCGGUGCGGAUAUCACUCUCUCGCCCGUCUACCCCGCCGCCGCGGGCUAUAUUGGUGGCGAGCGGGGUCUGAGUCUCCGGUUCCCACGGUUCAUUCGCGUGCGAGAGGAUAAGGACAUCGAGGAAGCGACGAGCGCCGAGGAGUUUGCGGAAAUGUUCAGGCGGCAGAUGGCUCCGGCUGCGCUGGGGCAGGAUGUGGCCAAGGUCGAGAGUGGAGAUGAAGGCGAAUUGGAGGAGGGUGAAGGUGGCGAGUAG